CUCUUUGUAGACUUCCUGAAUGGAUUCCAGUGAUGCAUGGCUCCGAGUCACCCAUGUCUAGAUGCCCUCAAUGUGGCUUUGGCACUACGAUACCAAGAACACGGCUCACCGACACACCAUCUCCAUUCCAACACCUGAUCUCUGUUAAUGCCGCUGCUUCUGACGUGGAUCCCAUCCACCAUUACCUCCAAGGGGUACAUGACGAAAUUCAGCACAUUGAACUCGUGCUCAAGGAGGUGCGAGAAGAGAAAAUUCGUCUUCAAAACAUUGCAGAUAGCCACGCUGCACUCAUGUCAGCCUUCCGCAAAUUCCCAUCAGAGGUCCUCGCAGAGGUCUUCCGGUAUUCGAUUGACAUCCCAUCCAUGGACGAACAGAAUAAGUGGGUUGGCGACAUGACACGGGUCUAUACCGCGCUUUGCACGCUUGGCGGUGUUUGCCGUCACUGGAGGACGACAGUGCUAUUGACACCAUUUUUAUGGGCUCGAUUCAACGUUGGUUGGAGUGGAUGGAAAAAAAGCCCGGUGCUGUUGUUGAAAACCAUGCUGGAUCGAUCUCGCGAAGCCGAUUUGAGCAUCGGAUGUGCUUUUAUAGCAUCUGGAAUAGACAAGCAGGAGAGGCGCACUUUACUUGAAUGUUUGGUUCCCACAAGUUACAGGUGGAAGCACGUGUUGUUACUGUUCGACGAGGACAAUGUGGACAUAUGGGCAGAUUCGGGGUCGUCUUCCAUUGUUGGAGCAGCUGGAGCUUCGUUUUAAGAAUUCGUCCAAACUUUCUUUGCAGGAUUUCCGUGCCUUCGAGGACGCGCUUCGUUUGCGAGAGUUGAUUAUAGGACGAGGCCCAUCUCCUGUCCACGAAUUUACCCUUCCUUGGUCUCAGAUCACCAGCCUAUAUAUAGACCGUCAA